CAGACAGUGCGAGCUGGUGGUAGACAUUUUCAAUACGGCUUCUGCUUCUGAAUGGAUGCAUCUUCUAGGUAACAAUUCGCUGAAAGGAGAUGCGAAGUAUUCCUAUUUGUAGAUAGACACGAUUUGGGACAUACCAUUAUCUGAUUCUCUUCAGUUGAGUUUGGCUGCAGCUUGAGGGCACACCAUUUAGACUAGUUACCGGUAUAUUGCUGUCAUCAUAUUUGACAGUGUUAAAAAUCUGCACAGUCGCUCCAAGAAAUGACAGCAGGUACCAACAUGACAGACGUUGAAUCUGAUGCAAGUAAAGAAACGGUCGCUGCAGAGGAGACACCAAUGAAAGCAGAGGAAAGGCGCUCGGACGAUGCUGAGGAAAAGAACGAGAACGGGGAUAGUAAAGGAACCAUCCAAGAGCAGGUUCCCGUGGCCGUGGAGGAGCCCGAGUUCGUGCAUCCAGAAGGAGGAUGGGGUUGGGUGGUUAUGCUGGCUGCAAUGUGGUGCAAUGGAGCGGUGUUCGGGAUCCAGAACGCUUUUGGCAUCCUGUUCAUGUCCCUCCUGAAAGAAUUCGGCUCACCAAACGAUGACGACCUCAGGUUUAAAACAGCUUGGGUGGGCUCCCUCUCCAUGGGGAUGAUCUUCUUCUGUUCUCCCAUCGUCAGCGUCUUCACAGACUUGUUGGGCUGCAGGGUGACAGCUGUGGGCGGAGCCGCCGUGGGCCUGGUGGGACUGCUGGCCAGCUCCUUCGUCACGUCCCUGGGUCCCAUGUACUUCACCUACGGCAUCGUGUUCGCCACCGGCUGCUCCUUCGCCUACCAGCCCAGCCUGGUGAUCCUGGGACACUACUUCAAGAAGCGCCUGGGCCUGGUCAACGGCAUUGUGACGGCCGGCAGCUCUGCCUUCACCGUCACCCUGCCCUUCCUCCUGUCCGGCCUGCUGGAGAAGGUGGGCCUGCAGAACACCAUGAGGCUCCUCAGCAUCCUCAUGUUCAUCCUCAUGCUGGCUGGGUUAACCUACACUCCCCUGCUGCCCAAGCCUGUCAGCAGCAACAAGCCAGGCAGCCGCUGCCCGCCCAUGAGCAAGGUGUUCAACGUCAACAUCUGGAAGUCUCUGGGCUACCGGAUCUGGGCCUUCGGCAUCCCGGCAGCUCUCUACGGAUACUUUGUGCCUUACGUUCACCUGAUGAAGCAUGUUGAGGAGCGCUUCGGAGAAGACGCCAACAAGGAGGUUCUGCUCAUGUGCAUCGGCGUCACAUCCGGCGUGGGCCGCCUCAUCUUCGGCCGGGUGGCUGACUACGUACAGGGAGUUAACAAAGUCUACCUGCAGGUGUCUUCGUUUAUGGUCAUCGGCGUGAUGUCCAUGAUGAUCCCUCUGUGUCAUGUGUUCGGGGGGCUGAUCGCGGUGUGUCUGCUCAUGGGCCUGUUCGACGGCUGUUUCAUCUGCAUCAUGGCCCCCAUCGCCUUCGAGCUGGUGGGCUCUCAGAACGUGUCCCAGGCCAUCGGCUUCCUGCUGGGCAUGAUGUCUGUGCCCAUGACCGUGGGGCCUCCUAUUGCAGGGUUCCUGAGGGACAGGCUGGGGAGUUAUGACGUGGCCUUCUAUUUGGCUGGUAUCCCGCCUAUCGUCGGUGGGGCUGUGCUGUGUCUGAUCCCCUGGGUGGAGGCUAGGCGUAUCAGGAGAGAGCAGGAGGAGGCAGCCAAAGAUGGCACCCAGGAGCAGAUGCUAGAGUUCAAGAGGAACAGUGGGGGUCAGGGAGAUGCACUAGCAGUGAAGACCGCAACCCCCGAAUCUGUCAUCUAAGUCUCCCAAAACACACUCAAAACAAAGAUGCACCUUGACAUAUUCAUAUUCACUCGCAGGAACUCAUAUUUUUGUAUGAAACAAGUAUAGAUUAAAUAUGUAUUGACCCGUG